GGACCAAGAGCGAGUUUAGGGAAGUUCAAGUUUACAUUUACGUGGCUAUAUUCUUUAUUCUGUAAUUAUUUUUUAUGUAUUAUUUGUUUUUGGACUUGGUUUUACGCACAUGUAUCCCCAUCCAAUAUGUUUUGGUUCCAACAAGGACUAUGUAUUCUUCCAGUGAUUUUGGUCACCUCGUCAUCUGCCACCUUUAUUAUUUCUUACAUUAUUGCCAUAUUGAGACGUGAUGUUGAUGUCUUCCUCCCUUACAUAAGCGACACAGGUAACAGUCCUCCAGAAAGUUGUAUUUUUGGCUUGAUGACAUUUGUUUCUGCCUGUGCAGGUGUGUCUACCAUCUAUGCCAUGUACAAGUUUAUGGCAAAGCUGGGUGAGGACACAGGGACGAUCAGCACUUGUUGGAACAAAGCUGCUCUUGGAUUUGGGCUCAUCUCCUGUUUCGGCAUGUGUGUUGUUGCAACUUUUCAGGAAACUGCUGUGGAAACUGUUCAUCUAAUUGGAGCACUUCUUUUUUUUCUUUGUGGAGCUUUGUACAUAAGUCUUGAAACUUAUUUAUCAUAUUGCUCCUACCCCUAUGGAUCCUCCCUUUUUAUAUGUCGUGCACGUUUUAUCAUCAGUGUAAUUUCUGUUGUGGCAUUUUUCCCCACUGUAAUUUGUAAAUUCCUUGAAAAGGAUCCACUUCUCCAAAAGACAAGUGCUGGAUGUGAGUGGAUUGUUGCCUUCAGCUUUAUCAGCUACUUUUAUACCUAUGUUCAUGACUUCAAACAAUUUACACUAAAAUUCAGAACUGUGUGUCGAACUGGUACCUAACAAUGGGCCCAAGAAUGGACUGUACUUAAGUAUUAUUUUGUGCAAAUAGAUGAGCCAUUAUACUCAUUAAAGUUGAAUCUAAAUAUGUCAUAUUUGCAAUCAUGGCCACUUGUUACACAUUACACUCGUUAAAAUACUUCAUGAUAAUUGGUAUAUUAUCCUUAACAGCAGCCUACAUUGCUAACUUGAGUUCAAGUAACUUAGUAACUUUUACUACAGUAUGUUGUAACUGUGACACCUGUAUGUUCAAA